CAUUUAUCAGUCGCACAAACAAUAUACAAAAAAUUUCUUCACCUCUUUUCUGUUUCUUUCUACCGCUUAUUAUUAUUAUUUUCUCUUCUCUUCUCUUCUUCAUUUGUUUUUGCUAAACCACUAAUCAUCCUUUCAAAAACUUCGAUCCAGAGGUCAUUCAACUCGCUUCAUUCUGCUGUUCCUUUAGAUCUGCCCCAAUUUCCCCCCUUCACAGGGAUGAAACGAUUACGAGAUGAUGGUUAUGCUAACUCUCAAUUCAAGCGGCCAUUUGCUUCUUCCCGAGGAGAAUCAUAUGGCCAACCACAAGCCCCGGGAGGAGGCGGUGAAGCAGCGGGAGGGGCAGGAGUCGGAGCAGGAGCUGGUGGCGGCGUCAGCGGCGGUAGCAAUGCACAGAAACUCACAACCAAUGACGCGUUGACUUAUUUGAAGGAGGUCAAAGACAUGUUUCAAGACCAGCGAGAGAAAUACGACAUGUUUCUUGAUGUGAUGAAAGAUUUUAAAGCUCAAAGAAUCGAUACUGCUGGUGUCAUAGCAAGGGUUAAAGAGUUGUUUAAAGGUCAUAAUAAUUUAAUUUUUGGGUUCAAUACUUUUUUGCCAAAGGGCUAUGAAAUAACCGUCAUUGAGGAUGACGAGGUCCCACCGAAGAGAAGCGUCGAGUUCGAGGAGGCGAUAAACUUUGUAAACAAAAUAAAGAAACGCUUUCAAAACGAUGAUCAAGUCUACAAAUCAUUUCUCGACAUCUUGAACAUGUACAGAAAGGAACACAAGGGUAUUAAUGAAGUUUACAGUGAGGUUGCUACACUUUUCGAUGAUCAUCCCGAUCUUCUCGAUGAAUUCACAAGAUUUCUGCCAGUUGCUUCAGCUGAUGCAUCUACACACCAUGCUUCAUUACGUCAUCCCUAUCAACGAUACGAUGAACGGAGUUCAGCCGCGGUCCCACUUAGACUGGGACAGCAUGAUAAGCAGCGAGUCCGGAGAGACAGGAUCAACGCCGAACGCGACGCGGGCGUUGAUUGUUCCGAUAUGGAUGAUAAAACGAUGAUGAAACUUCACAAGGAACAAAGGAAGCGUGCCGAAAAAGAGAGCAGGGAUAGGAGAAAUAACGAUCAGGAUUAUAAAGAUCCUGAUCUCGAUAGCAACAGGGAUCGUCUCGAAAAACGAAAAUCUGCGCGAAAAGUUGAAGAUUUUGGAGUGCAUUCAGGUUCGGCCCCGUAUGAUGAUAAAGACGCCCUCAAAAGUCUGUACAGCCAUGAGUUUGCUUUCUGUGAGAAUGUGAAGAAUAGAUUACGCAGUGCAGAAGAUUAUCAAGCAUUUUUGAAAUGCCUUCAUAUCUAUAGCACGGAAAUAAUCACAAGGAAGGAGUUACAGAGCUUGGUUGCUGAUCUACUCGGCAAACACACAGAUCUUAUGGAAGGGUUCAGUGCAUUUUUGGAACGUUGCGAAAACAUAGAUGGGUUCCUAGCUGGUGUCAUGGACAAAAAAGCUUUAUGGAAUGUUUCCAAGUCUACAAGAACCGAUGAGAAAGAACGAGAAAAUAGACGUGAAAUCGAAGCUAAUAAAGAGAAGGACCGGUACAAAGAGAAGUAUUGGGGGAAGUCAAUACAAGAACUCGACCUCUCUAAUUGUCAAAGAUGCACUCCAAGUUAUCGACUUCUUCCUGACGAUUACCCGAUUCCGGCAGUAAGUCAAAGAUCAGAGCUGGGUACGCAAGUACUGAACGAUCUUUGGGUAUCUGUGACUUCUGGUAGUGAAGAUUAUUCGUUCAAGCAUAUGCGUAAAAACCAGUAUGAAGAGAGUCUUUUUAGAUGUGAAGAUGACAGGUUUGAGCUAGACAUGCUGUUGGAGUCGGUGAGUUCAGCUAUUAAACACGCUGAGGAACUACUAAACAGCAUUAACGACGGUUCGAUUAAUUCAGAGGGUCCCAUUCGUAUCGAAGAUCACUUCACUGCUUUGAAUUUACGUUGCAUUGAACGUCUAUACGGCGAUCAUGGUCUUGAAGUGAUGGAUACACUGCGUAAAAACCCGUCUGUUUCAUUGCCCGUUAUAUUAAUCCGCUUGAAGCAGAAACAAGGCGAAUGGACGAAAUGUAGAUCGGAUUUCAACAAGGUUUGGGCGGAUGUGUAUGCAAAGAAUCAUUACAAAUCACUUGAUCACAGGAGUUUCUAUUUCAAGCAACAAGAUUCAAAGAGUUUGAGCAUGAAAUGCUUAGUCACGGAGAUCAAAGGAAUAAAAGAAAAGAGCCAGAAAGACGAUGACGUGCUCCUUAGUAUCGCUGCUGGAAACCGACACUCUAUUAUGCCGAAUCUCGAGUUUGAGUUUACUGACAAGGAUAUUCAUGAAGACUUAUUUAAACUUAUUAAAUUUUCAUGUGAGGAGAUUUGCACAACCGAUGAACAACUGAACAAAGUCAUCGAACUUUGGACUACAUUCUUGGAGCCAGUUCUCGGUGUUCCGUCUCGGCCCCAUAAUUCCGAUAACAUCGAAGAUGCCGAGAUAUCUACACAUGGUCCCACCAAAAACGAAGGUGAAAUUGACGGUAGUCCCGGCAGCGAUAGCGGUACCUUGACUGUUAAGCAAGGAAAAUCACCCUGCAAUGGACUAGUUUCAAGCAAGGGCAUUUUGGUGAACGGCGGUACUUUGCCUAAAGAAGACGGAUCUAAGAAUACCAGUGCUGUGGAUAAAACUCCGAUAAACGGUCUUGUAAAUGGUAAAGUUUUUUCUAAACCUAAUAAUGUUCAUGAGGACGGCCAUGAAGUCAAGUCAAACAAUGAUGGAAGUUAUGCUAAGUUUGAGAAAGAAGAGGGAGAGUUAUCACCAAACGGUGAUUUUGAUGACGGUGAUUUCGUUGGCUACGGAAAUGAUAACGGGACGCAUGCUAAAGGAAAGCAUAGUGUAGAGAUUGACCCGGAUGCUGAUGAUGAGGACAGUGAGAAUGUUCCGGAAGGUGGAGAUGAUGUGUCGGGAAGUGAGUCUGCUGCGGAUGAUGUGUCGAGGGAAGAGCAUGAAGAAGAAGACAGAGACCAUGACGAUAUCGACGGUAAAGCCGAAAGUGAAGGUGAGGCUGAGGGUGCAGAAGAUGCCACAUCAUUGGUAUCUUCAGAUCAUAUGUUGCUUACUGCAAAACCACUUGCGAAACGUGUGGCUUCUCCGUUACAUGAUGGCGGGAAAAAAGAUUGUAAUGUUUUCUAUGGAAAAGAAUCUUUCUAUGUGCUUUUUAGGCUUCAUCAAGUAUUAUAUGAAAGACUAUUAUUUGCUCGAGUUAAUUCGACAUCUGCUGAAACAAAAUGGAGAGCUGCUAAGGACACUUCUCCACCUGAUUUGUAUUCUAGAUUUAUGAGUGCUUUAUAUAAUCUGCUUGAUGGAUCUGCUGAUAACGCAAAAUUUGAAGAUGAUUGUCGAGCCAUUCUUGGAAAUCAAUCUUAUGUGUUAUUUACCUUAGAUAAGCUAAUUUAUAAGCUCGUGAAACAGCUUCAAAAUGUUGCUGGUGAUGAGGUGGACAACAAACUACUUCAACUAUACGAGUACGAAAGAUCUCGAACGCCUGAGAAGUUUAUUGAUUCUGUAUACUAUGAGAAUGUACAUAAUAUCCUCCAUGAGGAAAACAUAUUCAGAUUUCAGUUUUCAUCUGGCCCAUCUUGUUUAACUAUCCAGCUGAUGGAUGAUAGGAAUGAAAAGGCUGAAACCGUUGCGGUUUCCGUGGAUGCUAAUUUUGCAGCUUAUUUACACAAUGAUUUUCUUUCUGUUGUGCCUCUUGGAAUAAAGGAAUAUGGCAUUAUGAUGCAGAGAAAUAAACGCCAAUACUCGGUCAUGGAUGAAUCUUCUGCCAUGUCAGCUGCAAUGGAAGGUGUUUACGGGGUCAAUGGUUUGGAGUAUAAGAUGUCUUGCAACUCGUCAAAGAUAUCCUACGUCCUCGAUACAGAGGAUUUCUUUAAGAGAAGAAAAGUAAAAAAGUUGCCCGGAUGCAGAAAAUCAUCAUUAAGGCAAGCAAAAGUACAACGGUUUCGCAAGUUCCUAGAACGCUUUGUCCCAAAGAAUCUCGGCGGCAUAAGUUAGCUGUGAAGUUGAUACAAUACAGACAAUGAAGCAUCAGUUGUGUAAAUAGGCUUCAUGUUACAGUUGAGGUUUCUGCUCAUCUAAUUGCUUCUAUUUUUGUUGUGCUGCAUCACAAACUAGUCUUUUGUGAUCUUUGUUUUGUUAUUUUUAUUUUCUGUGGCUCGCCGAUGAAUUUUGAAUGUCAGUAUUAUUUCAAAGUUGGAGGUAGGGUUUUUAUUUUCUGUGAACUAGGAAGCUCUUGAUACGGGGCUUUGUCAGAUAAACCUUACUUCCAACUGAAACAGUUAUGGUAAUCUGGCAUUUAUUGGCAAUAACUCUUUCUUUUAAUUCUACAAUUAUGCUAUUGAGAAAAGAAAUAAUCAGGGAUUU